AUGGUGCAAUCAUCUUCAUCCCCAGACCAAGAAAGAACCCUGGAGUGAAGACGAAGACCUGAUGUUGUUUUUGGGUCACCAAAAGUUCGGCAACAGAUGGGCGGAGAUCACAAAGCUUCUUCCUGGGAGGUCCAGCAAUGGUAUCAAGAACAGGUGGAACAAGACAAUGACAAAAAGGGCUGACGCAAUGGAGGAUUACAGUGAGAAGUGGAUCAAUAGGAACACAUUUGGAGAUAUGUUGUCCCUUACCGACGAUGUGAAUCCAAAAGAACUUGAAGCUUCUCAAGAUCUUCUAGCUUUGAAUGGACAAGCAAAUAUCGACCUUCAGGCCUCGAAUGCUGCGGAGGAUCUUCUAGCAUUGAAUGGACAGGCAAAUAUCGACCUUCAGGACUCGAAUGCGGCGGAGGAUCUUCUAGCAUUGAAUGGACAGGCAAAUAUCGACCUUCAGGACUCGAAUGCUGCGGAGGAUCUUCUAGCAUUGAAUGGACAGGCAAACAUCGAUCUUCAGGACUCGAAUGCUGCGGAGCAUCUUCUAGCAUUGAAUGGACAGGUAAAUAUCUACCUUCAGGACUCGAAUGCUGCGGAGGACCUUCUGGCAUUGAACAGCGACUUCGGACUCGCUGUUGGGAGCCGAUGAGUUUGACAUGAGUGUCGAGACUUUGACUUCUCUCUUUAAUGGCAACUUUUUUACACGUAAUUCUCAAAGGGCCAUGUAAUUGUCAUAGUCGCUCGUGGGUUGUAUGGGUUUGAAGAGGGUCGGUUAGAGAAGCCGUGAUUCUGACUUGCUUUACAUCGAGACUUUAUAAGUUUUAUUAUGGUGUAAGAGUGUACCAAGCUUGCAAUUAGUUUAUUACAAUUACACUCAUACUUUUUCUCCUGUUUAUUGUAUAUUUUAGAAACUCAAAUGCACAUAAUGUUCCAAUACUGUAGACUGUCAUGACAGUUUAUGUUUUCCUCAAG